AUCAGGCUUGCGUUUAUUUUGGCUGCGCUCCUCAUUUGUCUAGCUGUCGCCGCCAUUAAACCAGACGGGGACAGUUGUAAACCAUGGAAAGCUGUGAAUUUAUACCGUAAGUCGCGGACUUCGGAGAGUCUGUCUUUGUUCUGCGAGGUGUCGUUGGAUUUGUAAAGGUGAACAUGUGAGAGACAGACGGAGUAUUUCGGACAGGGAAAGGUUUGAUUGAGCAGGAGGAGGGGAGACCUGGAUGAGGAGACGGAGGUGGAGAGGGGUAAAGCAGGACGGGAAGGAUUUGUUGUGGUUUUCAACAGCUUUCAAGAGGCCAACACCGUCACGAAACGCUGGAUUUUACCCGCCAGGAAAAAGCAACCCACAAUGACGGAACAAAGGGUGAAGUGGGCCUGUGACUACUGCACCUACGAGAACUGGCCGUCUGCUGUCAAGUGCACAAUGUGCCGCGCGCCGAGGUUAACGGGGCCCAUCAUUACGGAGGAGCCGUACAGAAACAUCCCCGAACUCGAGCCCGGUCCAGAAUGGGGUCCUGCUAGGACUGGGAGCGAGAGCAGCCUCCUGAUCUGCCCGGACUCCAGCGCCAGACCCAGAGUCAGGACGUCCGGCGUGACUGAGCUCGCCAGCAAAUGGUCCUGCCAGGUGUGCACGUACCUGAACUGGCCACGCGCCGUGCGCUGCACGCAGUGCCUGUGUCAGCGUCCGCGGACCAGCAGCCCGACGGAGUCGCCCCAGACUUCAGCUACCAACGCAGGCUGCCGGCCCGCCAGCAUCCACUCCCCUGUGGAUACGUGUGAGGAAUAUAAUGACAGGAACAGACUCAACACGCACCAGCAACACUGGACAUGUACAGCUUGCACUUACCAGAACUUGCCCAGAUCUACAAAGUGUGUCAUGUGUGACCUCCCCAAACCCAACAACCAGGAAGCAGUAGGGCUCCCGGAGCCCGCACAGUCCUAUCCCCUGAUCAUCGAGCAGGACGCGGCGCGGUGGAGGGGCAGCUGCAGUGGCAGCCAGCUUCAGAGGAGAUCCCCUCCUACGGCCAAGAGGGAAGACUUCCAGAGAAUCGAGGUCGCAGCUGGAGCCAUGAGCACAGAGGAGCAUGAGGUAAACUUCAAGAAGCUGAAGCAGAUCAGGAACCGGAUGAGGAAAACUGACUGGCUCUUUCUUAGUGCGUGUGCUGGAGUCGUAGAAGGAGAUCUGGCCGCAGUGGAAGCCUACAAGUCAUCCGGAGGCGACAUUGCUCGGCAGCUCACUGCUGAUGAGGUCCAGCUCCUCAACCGCUCCUCUGCGUUUGACGUGGGCUUCACUCUGGUCCAUCUGGCCAUUCGCUUCCAGAGGCAGGACAUGCUAGCUAUUUUGUUGACAGAGGUGAACCAGCAGGCAGCGAAGUGCAUUCCCUCCAUGGUGUGUCCUGAGCUGACGGAGCAGAUCCGGAGGGAGAUUGCAGCUUCCCUUCAUCAGCGCAAAGGAGACUUUGCCUGUUACUUUCUCACUGACUUGGUCACCUUCACUCUGCCUGCAGAUAUCGAGGACUUGCCCCCUGCUGUUCAGGAGAAGCUGUUUGAUGAUGUGCUAGACCGAGAUGUGCAGAAAGAACUUGAAGAGGAGCCUCCGGUUAUUAACUGGUCUCUAGAGCUGGGGACCCGCCUGGACAGCCGUCUCUACGCCUUGUGGAACCGCACGGCCGGAGACUGUCUGCUGGACUCUGUGCUGCAGGCCACCUGGGGCAUCUACGACAAGGACUCAGUCCUCCGCAAAACCCUCCAUGACAGCCUGCACGACUGCUCCCAUUGGUUUUACAGUCGCUGGAAGGAGUGGGAGUCCUGGUACUCGCAGAGCUUUGGUUUACAUUUCUCCCUCAGAGAAGAGCAGUGGCAGGAGGACUGGGCUUUCAUCCUAUCCCUAGCCAGCCAGCCCGGGGCCAGCCUGGAGCAGACCCACAUUUUUGUUCUCGCACACAUUCUUCGAAGACCCAUCAUAGUCUACGGAGUAAAAUACUACAAAAGUUUCCGUGGGGAAACGUUGGGAUACACUCGUUUUCAAGGUGUGUACCUUCCUCUGUUAUGGGAGCAGAGCUUCUGCUGGAAGAGCCCCAUUGCCCUGGGUUACACACGGGGACACUUCUCCGCCCUGGUGGCCAUGGAGAACGACGGUUACGACAAUCGUGGUGCAGGCGCCAACCUCAAUACUGAUGACGACGUCACGGUCACCUUUUUGCCGCUAGUGGACAGCGAGAGGAAGCUGUUGCACAUUCACUUCCUGUCCGCUCAGGAGAUGGGGAACGAGGAGCAGCAAGAGAAGCUGCUGAGGGAGUGGCUGGACUGCUGCGUGACGGACGGAGGCCUCCUCGUCGCAAUGCAGAAGAGCUCCCGCCGCCGUAACCACCCCCUGGUCACCCAGAUGGUGGAGAAGUGGCUGGACAGAUACCGCCAGAUCCACCCCUGCACCUCGCUCUCUGACGGUGAGGAGGACGACGAUGAAGAUGAGUGAGGACAGUUGGAACUUGUGCAUCUUUGAAAUGGACAUUGUAGGCUCUGGGUGAGAGUACUGGGCUCUCCAACUUUUGUUUUUUGUUCCCCCACCCCCCAAAAUGCAAACCCCUUCCCUGUUAUACUGCAUGAUUUUUGUGAGCUCUGUUGCAGAGAACGUAUCUCUUUUCCCACUUAAGCACAUAAAUGCUUCUUAGUUCAAAUUCCAAGGCUCACAUUUUUCCCCUGUUUGUUACCUAGUUAUCUCAAAGAGCUAAAAAAAAAAAAAAAGAAAAGCCAGAAUAUGUCUGAAGAUGUACCAUAUUCCCCAAGCUGCAAUAGGUUAGGAUUUUCAUCUGCACACUUGCCAUGAAGAAAUUUGUUAGGAUGGGCAUUCCAUUCGUUUCGUCAGUGGUUGAAGAACAUAUGUUUCACUGAGCGCUUAUCUUGCUGCAAAGCCCUUAUUGAUGCUGGAUUUAUUUAUUUCAAACGCCUGGCUUUUAGUUCUCCUCUUUCUGUUCCCCGCUUUCUUUUUCAUUUUGACCUGAGUUUUAUUUGAUUCACCUUGUCUUGAAGUAUUUUAUUUUGCACAGUUAAAACCUACAUUUUGGAAGGGGAAGGGGUGACAUUCAAGUUUGCUGACAUUUUUAUGUGCGACUCGUAGCUCAUGUUUGUGUUUUGAAGAGUGAGUGGUGAUUACGCCGGCGGGGAACAGAGAAAACCAAACACUCUGCCUCUUCUGUGGAGAGCAUUAGUAUUAAACUUAACUCACUUGCAACCAC